GCGCCUGCGCGGAGCGGGCCGGGUACCGGGAGCAUGGAGCCCGACGGGACGUACGAGCCGGGCUUCGUGGGCAUCCGCUUCUGCCAGGAGUGCAACAACAUGCUGUACCCUAAGGAGGACAAGGAGAACCGCAUCCUGCUCUACGCGUGCCGGAACUGUGACUACCAGCAAGAGGCCGACAACAGCUGCAUCUACGUCAACAAGAUCACCCACGAAGUGGAUGAGCUGACUCAAAUCAUCGCGGAUGUCUCCCAGGAUCCCACGCUGCCACGGACCGAGGACCAUCCUUGCCAGAAGUGCGGCCACAAGGAGGCGGUGUUCUUCCAGUCCCACAGCGCCAGAGCCGAGGAUGCCAUGCGGCUCUACUACGUCUGCACCGCUCCCCACUGCGGCCACCGCUGGACCGAGUGACCGGGGACCGGCCCCUUCACAGGCUUCUCCCCGGCCCCAUGUUUGUCGUUAGUUUUGCUACUAAAUGUUUUUUUCUGAAUUGGCCUCUC